CCGGAGGGGGGAGGGCGCUUCCUGCUGCCAUUCGGGCCCGGUAGAGAGACGGAAACAGAGCGGGGGGGGGGGGGAAGAGACCGAUCCCCUCCCGGUGCCAGCCCCCUUCCCCAUUGGCCACCGCAGCCUUCCUGCAGCUCUGGCCCUGGUUCGUCGGAGCACGCUCUGCCCCAGCCGCCCGCAUCAGCGCCCCCUCGCAAGCGGUCAAGACUCACUGCCAUGGCCGAGGAACCUGCCACUAUUUGUUUCAAUGAAGAGGAUUUUUACUGCCCCGUGUGCCAGGAGGUGUUCAAAACGCCUGUGAGGACAGUAACCUGCCAACACGUCUUCUGCAGGAAAUGUUUCCUGACAGCAAUCAGAGAAAGUGGAACACAUUGUCCUCUAUGCCGUGGAACUGUGACUAAAAAAGAAAGAUCAUGUCCCAAAAGGGCUCUGGAUGUUGAAAACAACAUGAAGAAGCUUUCUGGGUGUUGUAGAUGCUGUGAAAAACAGGUUAGGUUUUCUCGCAUGAGACACCAUUAUAAAACAUGUAAGAAGUAUCAGGAUGAAUAUGGUGUUCCUUCUAUUGUUCCAAACUUUCAGAUUUCCCAAGAUUCAACAGGGAACAGUAAUAGGAGUGAUACAUCUACAUUUGAUAACGGAGAGAUGGCUAAUCUUCAGACACUUCAGGGAGAUGCAAGUGCGCAUCCCACAUUCAAGUGCCCCCUGUGUCAGGAAACCAACUUUACCCGGCAACACCUACUGGAUCAUUGUAACAAUAGACACCUUUAUCAGAUAGUUCCUGUCAUUUGUCCAAUUUGUGUGUCUCUUCCAUGGGCAGAUCCCAGGCAGGUUACUAGAAAUCUUGUUAGCCAUCUAAAUCUAAGACACCAGUUUGACUAUGGAGAAUUUGUGAAUCUUCAGCUUGAUGAAGAAACCCAGUACCAAAAUGCUGUUGAAGAAUCUUGUCAUGUGGCUAUUUAAAGUGUAGGUCCUCUGCAUCUUACUGCACUCUGAGGGAAAAGCUACAUGAAUCCAAUCAGUAAUCUGAAAUGUAUAUUAAUAAAAAGGGAAUUCAGUA